GCAAAUUUCUUGCUUUCAUUUGCCCCACAUAUGUCCUUUUUUCACUCUCAGGAAAGAGAUCCUGGAAGAGUAAGGAUACUUGGUUUUUUUACACAAAUUCUCUCUUCCUCUUGCGUCUCUAACAAAAUCACUAAUUUCUUCAUUAUCUAUCUUCUUUUCAUUUCGUGUCUAUCUCUGAACUUGUUAAAUGAGGAAACUUUGUCCUAAUAUUGACAGAGAUGAUGGCCUUGAGACAGUUCUCGAGGUCCCAGUACCGGAAGAAAUGUUCACCAGCAUGGGAAGCAAUCUUCAAGUGCGUUUGGAAAACAUGUUAACAUGGAUGAAGGCUCAAACUUCUGAUAAGUGGUCGCAACCUGGUGUUGCAGGUCGGAUUAACGAGCUACGCUUCCUUCUUUACCUUGUUGGAUCUCCGCUUAUCCCUCUCCAGGUGCAAUUGGGUCACUCUGUUCACAAGCCGGUCAAGGAUAACUCAAUUCAAGCUUCAACAGCAAAAUACAUUGUGCAGCAGUACAUAGCUGCUACAGGUGGACAACAAGCUUUAAACGCAGUGCAUAGCAUGUGUGUAACCGGUCAGGUGAAAAUUACUGCAUCAGAGUUUCACCAAGCAGAUGCAAGGAUUAACGUGAAGAGCACGGAGGAAAUGGGUGGAUAUGUGCUCUGGCAAAAAGAUCCAGACUUAUGGUGCUUGGAGCUUAUAGUAUCAGGAUGCAAGGUGGUUUGCGGAAGCAAUGGCAAACUUUCCUGGAGGCAUUCCUCUAAUCAACAAACUCCCAUUUCAAAAGGUCCUCCUAGACCCUUGCGCCGUUUUCUUCAGGGGUUGGAUCCAAGGUCUACGGCCAAUUUGUUUAUAGAUGCAACAUGCAUUGGAGAGAAAAUUAUAAGCAACGAAGACUGCUUCAUCCUCAAGCUUGAGACAAGUCCAGCUAUCCGUGAGGCUCAAAGCGGACCAAACUAUGAGAUCAUCCACCACACAAUCUGGGGCUAUUUUAGCCAGAGGUCUGGUCUCUUGAUUCAAUUUGAGGAUUCUAGGUUAUUGAUGAUGAAAACCAAGGAUGACAACGAUGUGUUUUGGGAGACUCGGACAGAGUCAGUGAUGGAUGACUACAAGUAUGUUGAUGGUAUUAACAUUGCACAUUGUGGUAAAACAAGCGUCACGGUGUUUAGAUAUGGAGAGCAAUCUGCUAACCACAAGAGACUGAUGCAAGAGAAAUGGAAAAUUGAAGACGUAGAUUUCAAUGUAUGGGGUUUGUCAAAGGAUCAUUUUCUGCCUCCAUCUGAUCUGCAGAAAACUUAAGAUUUAUAGUUUAGAGUAUAAGGAGAGGAAAUUUGCAUUUUUUUUUUCUUUUCACUUUUACGAAGAUGGUAAUGAAAAAGAAUGUGUAUAUAUAGAGAAUUUCAAAGCAUUAUUUUGGUAUGUUCGAGAAUUUCAAAAGCACAGUUAUGAUUGAAAAUGAACAUAACUAAAA